GCAAAGUGUGCAACUCAUUGCCAAACUGCCAGUGGCUAGCACAAAAACGUGCAUAACUUUGGAAAGGAAAAACGUACAAACGCACCGUUAAAAUACUAUUUGUGAUGCACAGAUUUCAGUUACUCGUGAUUCAAUGUUCCCAACGCUCGUCUCUCUAUAAAUAAUACAGACAAUUCAUACCCUCCCUGUGCUGCACUACCUCACAAGAAUAAGAUAAUACUACCACAAUCUCCACAGGCAUUAUGGGCACUGUUGUUGAUGCUGCAAGCAAGGAAGUCAAUGGAAGCUCGCACAAAGACAAGAAGGUGACUGUUGUUUUUGUUCUAGGUGGGCCAGGCAGUGGUAAGGGCACUCAAUGUGCAAAUAUUGUUGAAAAUUUUGGUUAUACUCAUCUCAGUGCAGGUGAUCUUCUCCGAGCUGAGAUAAAAUCUGGUUCUGACAACGGGACCAUGAUUCAGAAUAUGAUUAGGGAUGGAAAAAUUGUGCCUUCAGAGGUAACAAUUAAGCUUCUCCAACGAGCAAUAGAGGAAAAGGACAAUGAUAAGUUUCUCAUUGAUGGUUUUCCUCGCAAUGAGGAAAACCGUGCAGCAUUUGAGUCUGUAACUGGAAUUGUGCCAGAAUUUGUACUCUUCUUUGAUUGUCCAGAGGAGGAAAUGGAGAGGCGUCUGUUAAGUAGGAACCAGGGUAGAGAAGACGAUAACAUAGACACAAUAAGGAAGAGAUUUAAGGUGUACAUGGAGUCUAGUCUCCCAGUUAUUGAAUAUUACAAUGCGAAAGGGAAGGUCCGCAAGAUAAAUGCUGCAAGACCAGUUGAAGAAGUUUUUGAGGCUGUAAAAGCUGUUUUCUCCUCGCCCGUUGGCAAGGCUGCUGCUUAGUAUGCUAUCAUACUUUUGUCGCACACCUGCACCGCAUUCUAGCCUAGGUGAUUUCGUAAUAUACAGAUAUACGUAGUUGGUUUCCUUCCCCAUUGGAGUUGAUGGGUUAACUUUAUUGUUUUUUCUUUUUAUUACUUUACUCGUUAUAUCAUAAUGUUGUUUCUAGUACAAGGUGUUGCGGCUAUAUUGGUGAAAUUUGAUGGAAACACUGAAAACUGCUGAUUUGGUUCAUAUUGAUAAACAAUGUUGUUUGAUGGGAAAAAUGAGUUGUUUCAUUCCUUAAAUAAUUAGAAUGCAGUGCUAAACUUAAGUGUGUGGUGAAGAAGAGGAAUUAAG